GCUGAACCUACAGGUGAGCCAGCCAGUGCGUGGAGUAUGCAGCCCACUCUAGCUGCAGGGGGUGGUGGGCGAUCCUUAGCCCCCCUCGCCCAACAACCUGCUGUCAAAGCAGUGCACGUUUACAGAAAUGGAGACCCCUAUUAUCGUGGCCGCCGAAUGCUGAUUCAUGAGAAGAGGGUUGGCACUUUUGAGGUCUUCCUGAAGGAUGUCACAGGCGGAGUGCAAGCCCCCUUUGGAGCAGUAAGGAACCUUUACACUCCAAGAAAUGGACACAGGGUUACGUCUCUGGAUGAUCUUCAACCAGGAGAGUGCUAUGUGGCAGGAGGAAGGGAAAGUUUUAAAAAAUUGGACUACCUACACAUUGGAGAGAACAAGAGGAAGACAGUAGACCUUCUGAGUCAGGUAUCAUUUCUUUCUGCUAUUAGUACCGGUCAUACCGGUGAGACUUGUCAGGCGAUUUGAUAGUUUCAAAUCUCAUGACAAAUCGCACUCUAUUGUCCGCAAUUGAAGCGGUCUUAUUGGUGGAAUUCUG